AUGUUGGUCUUCUCAGGAGUUCAAGUUAUGUACGUCACCUUGUCCUUUCUUCUUUGUUCUGAAAGUUCCCUUAUAAAAUCAGCUGCUUAUAGACCAGCAGCGUGUCAUAUGUAUAGUCCUCUAGGAAUUUGUACCAGAGAGUAUUUUCCAGUCUGUGGAACCAAUGGCCGUACUUAUGCCAACAAAUGCAUUUUCUGUAUUGCAUACAAGUAA